ACGGAGGGAGUCAUUCGCGGCCCGGCGGCGCGAGGAGUCGGAGGGCGAGCGCGGAGGGCGGGCCCCACUGAGGCCCGUCGCGGCUAGUGCGCACUCUGGGGGCGGUGGCAGGAUCCAAGGCCCAGCCCUUCGAGAGACAACAUGGUGUCGUGCAUCAUUUCCCGAGUCGUCGUGUUGGUCUUUGGGAUGCUGUAUCCUGCUUAUUAUUCCUACAAAGCUGUAAAAACAAAAAAUGUCAAGGAAUAUGUGCGGUGGAUGAUGUAUUGGAUUGUGUUUGCUCUUUAUACAAUUACUGAAACAGUAGCUGACCUCCUGAUCUCUUGGUUUCCACUCUACUAUGAACUGAAGAUUGCUUUUGUUAUUUGGUUGCUGUCUCCGUAUACAAGAGGGGCAAGUUUAAUAUAUAGGAAGUUUCUUCAUCCUCUUCUUUCUUCAAAAGAAAGGGAGAUCGAUGAGUGUAUUGUGCAAGCCAAAGAACAUGCUUAUGAAACUAUGGUGAACUUUGGUAAACAAGGCUUAAACUUAGCUGCUACUGCUGCAGUGACUGCAGCUGUAAAGGGUCAAGGGGCAAUAUCAGAAAAGCUGCGGAGUUUCAGUAUGCACGACCUCACAGCAAUCCCAGAUGAUGAACCAAUGGGACAAAGGCACUACCAAACUUUGCCUGCUACCAAAAAGAAAAGCAAAACCUCCACUCCCAGCGAACCCUUAGGUUAUGGUAUUCCAAUAAAAGAUUCUGAAGAUGAUAAAACAGAUGAAGAGAGGGAAGGGACAUAUUCAGAGGAUGAGAUGUUUGCUCAGAGAGGUCUCCGUCGAACACAAAGUAUGAAAUCUGUAAAAACGAUAAAAGGACGCAAAGAGGUGCGAUAUGGCUCACUAAAAUACAAAACGAAGAGAAGGCCGCAAGUGUGCUUCUAAAUCUUUCAACUAAAAGCAAACAUCUGCACUAAGUUUUCUGCAGGGCUCCUGUGUUCUGGUCCUGUGCGCAGGGCUUUUCCCAUUCUCUGAAGAGAAACCGUUGGUAUUUACUGUAUGUGGAUUCCUAUUCUCAACAUAGAGCUUUAUUUCAGUCAUGCAAGAGAAAGGAAAAGUCCCCCUCGAUGCAUGUUGUGCUUCAGUUUCAUAGAUACCAAAAAUGCAGUUACAUUUUUUUCUUUUAAGAGAGGAACAUAGUCACAUUUUAUUAAAAAAAGAAACUUCUUGUGAAUAUGGAUAACACAUUAGAUUUCUGUGCUUCAUAAAUUAAAUUAUUUCACGGCAGAUUCUUAAUUGUGGCUUCCAUAAAUGAGUGCUUUCAAUGUUGGCUGAUGUCCAACGCUUAAAAAAAAUGGCACAUCUGUAGAAUUUCUGUACUAUGUUGGAAAGCUGCUUGUUGAAUGCAUUGUAUUUUUAAAUUCCUGCAGUUGUCAAAGUCCAGUGCAUGAAAAAUGAGUGAAGGACAUGGGGCAUAUUUUGGAACUAAUCCUCUGAAUGGCUUGGAUCCAAAGAGCUGUUUAAGGUCAUGGAAGAGGGUUGCAUCACCCUGUGGAAUCGGCCAUUUUCAUUCCAUUUUGAAAUUCCUCUCAAUGUCGUGACAUGAAGAUACUGUUGUUCAGUGUGAAGACUGUCUUGGGUUUCACUUGUUCCUAUGAGGCUUCUGUAUUGUUUACCUUAAUGGUUUGAGUUAGCUUGUGCAUUUGGCAUAGCUGAUGAUGAAAAUCAUAGUUAUCUGUUUCUGUACAGAUUUUCAUACAGGAAAUCUUACAGCAUUCCUUGCAGAUGCUGAGAAUUGAAGCUAGGAAUUUCUGUAUGCAAAAUGUGUGCUCGCUAAUUAAUACCUUUGUAUCAACUACUAAUUAUGAAUGUACCAAAACAGGUUAAAGGAUGCUGCUAGGUUUCCUUUGAGUUAGUUUCUGUCUAUUAUAUGUAAAAAGGAAUAGGAAUAUAUUGAAUAGAAAAAAAUCAGAUUCUGCAGUCAGGUAUGUUUUAUCAUGUAUUAGACACAAAUUUAAUAUGAAAACCCACAUCUAAACAGUACUUCUUUUUAAAAAAGUCAGACUUUGAAUUCUUAGGCUGUUUUUUAAAUCCUGCAUGUUUGUAUGGUUGGUUGGUUGGUUUUUUUACUUUGUUUGGGUAACCAUUUUUCAUGUACAACAAAGCUGAAGGGCUGUGCUUAGAUGUGUAAGCGACAGGAGAAAACUGGAGUACUCCAGCUGUUCGACUAGUAGGCAGGCUGGAAAGCCCUACUCUGUAUAGCUGACGUUGACUGCCUACUUAGUCCUUUUCUCAGAGCAACAUGUGGAAUUCUUUUAAAUUCAUGCAUGCAUUUAAGGUAUGGUUCUGAAAUGGUAGUUUGGAAAACAUUGCUCUUUGCUAGUUUCUUGAAAGAUAACUUGCCUUUGCUGGUCAAGUAAGUCUUCUUGUCUCUUAGGAUAACACGCUUUAGUAUUGCAUCUGGGUGUAAGAAUCAUGGCAAGUGCUUAUUAAAUAGUAUUUAACAACUAAUGAAAUGAGAUUGACAUUUUAAGGUUUAUCAUAGCUGUAAAUCCUAGCAACUUUUUAAAAGGAACACUUGAAAAAAAUGGUUGUUUUAUCACUUGAGACUAGGCUUUAAGCAAAGGUAAAUAGAUCCCAAAGGAAGAUAAGUUGCUUGUGGCUUACUAAGAAACUUGCAGAAAACUCAGGCAAAAUAUAUAAUGUUCUCUGGGGAAGAGCUAACAAGUCAGUAUGGCAUCCUGGAGGUCUCUCCAGUAUACGAAAGUAAAUUACUGUUUCUAUAUUAUUGUGGACAUCAGAAAUAGAUUUUAUCACAGAAAGACAGCCUGCUUUUACAUUUCAUUGUAUUUAUUAGUGUGGUUAUGUUGGGUAUAGGAAGAAUGGAAUGUGAUUAAAAAGCAUACAAUAAACCCAAGAUGUCCUAGCAUUAUCUUUCACAAGUUUUCCCAUGUUCUAGAUCUUUGAUUGGUAAACUUUACAUCAGUUAAAAAAUAUGUUCAGCAUACUGACAACCUUCAGUUGUGGGGAAAAAAAUUCUGCUUUUGUUUCAACAUUCAUCUUAGUUUCGUGUUUCAUUUUAGGACAUUUGCCACUUACUAUGUAGAAAAGCUCAUUGUACUAAGUCAGACAAAUAAUCAUCCAAACUUGUAUCUUCCUCCAGAUCAAACCAGGUAAUUUCAACAACUAUUGAGUAAGAUGGCAUUUCAGACUUAAAAAAAAAUUAUCUAGGUCUUGUCAAAUAGAUUUGAUCUGGCAGUGAAAAAGGUAGACUUAUUGGCUAUUUUUAAGUUCUUCCUAUCUAUAUUAUUGUAUAAGAAAAUACAUUAGGUAGUAGAUUUUUUCAGCUACAGGGGGUAAACAGUGCUUCCUCUCUAAAAGCCACAGAGGCAUGACUGUAGAUAUUGCCAGGGUUGACAGGGCUGUAUUUUUUGGCAUUUUGCAUUUCCUUGUGAAGUGUUAAAGGCUGAAAUUUUGCUGCUUAACCCCAGUGGGUGUGAGAGAGUUUUUAAAUAGUACAGUAGUUUCUUCAAAUUUCAGUCAGGUUUAAGAUACUUAUUUACUCCUUAAAACCCUCCCCUGGGUAUUGCAAAUGGAAUCGAGAGUGCGCCACAUCUGGCCCGCAGAUUGUCCACCUAUCAUACAUCUGGUGUUGUCAGAGAAGUGCUUGUGUUUUGGACUGUAGCUCUGAGAGGCUCUCGCCUGUAUGGCCAAUAUUCAGGGAUUCUGAGAGUUGCCCCCCAAACAAGAAAUGUGUAAAGUUUAAACAUUUUUAAUAUGGGUGCACUUUAAGGAAAACUCUUACUAGGCAAAUUCCCACAGCAUAGACACUGAGGCAUCAAAAGACUCAGGACUCUUCCCAUGAAACUACAAGUGGUACAAUGCUCAAAGGAGGUAUCGUUCAUUGAGCUAAAUGUCACUGUGUCACCACCAGCCCUAUCUUCUUUUUUAGCUUCUUGGAUUAUAUAAUAGCAAGAUAGUUGCUAAAAAAAUAAUGUAAUGGUUAUACCAUACUGAUUUACAUGCUUUACCCAAGAUACAGGGCUUCCACUAAGUCAAUAUAUUAACAAGUAUUAUGCAAAAGAAAUAUGCAAAGGGAACAAUGGACUGCUUCAAUUUAACAAUUUUUAACAAAUGCAAUUUCAACAUUUGGACUCACAAUUUUAAAGUCUGUAAAGCUUUAACUUUUCUAUCUGUAAUAACUACAAACUUGUUUAUGUAUUUGUAGUACUGAGAGGUCUUUUUCUAGAAUUUUGUACUGAUAACUACUAUAUCUUCAUAAUUGCUAUUUGUGAAGAUGCAAUGGCUUAUAUUUUAAAAAUGUUACUUAAUAAAAUGAAUAUUUUCAUUGGG